CCGCGGUGCAUGAUGGGAGUCGUAGUCUUCCACUUCUUCCUGUUCUCUGACUGCGGCAGUGAGUUCAGGUCAGUUUCGUGUUUGGAAACGAGAAAAACUUCAUAACCAACAGCCUAUGUCUGUGUUCGAGUCGUCUAGUGCCUUCAGCAGGCCCAUCACUGGAGUGGCCUGGGCGUCAAACCCCACCACCUGCCCCGGUCAAUUCAUCCUGAUCACUCAGACUGAAGAUGGAGCCUCCGCUAACUUCAUCCGAGGGUUUGCAAUCAAGUCAGGAUACUACCUGUGUUACAGUAAGGAUCUGUCCGGUGGGAUGGUUGUGGCGGAUGUGAAGGUGAUUACGGAUAAAGAGACGAUUCCUCACGGUUACUGCUACAUCCCAGAAUUCCUGGAGCCCAAGGCGUCUGUUGGGAAGAAGAAGCGCAUCUGUAUGCAGAUCGUUCCUGUGGGCAGCGUUACGACGGCGAUUUUAGAUCUCAAACUGACAGCUAAGAAUAAGACCAUGGUGCAGCAGUACACCUGCCUGGGGGACAUGAAUGGCUUCGUGGUGUGGUGUUUAAAGGGCCAGUUCUCCACUCCAACUCCUCAAGCCAAGCCUCGCAGUGUCAGUCUGGACAUGCGCAGUCUCUCACUGGAAGGAACCGGACCCCCGCAGCCUCUCAAGCCCAGCAACCCUCCUGAAGUCCCAUCGAAAGUCAGCCGUCGGCGCAGUAAGCUGGACACAAACAACCCGAUGGAGGCUGUGUAUGACAGCGGUAACCACAGCAGCAUCUACGGUAUCACAGCGAUGGAUGGAGUUCCUUUCUCUCUACACCCGAAGUUUGAGUCUCAGUCAAACUCAAAGGUGUCUGUGAGCACGCUGAGUGACAUCCGUAUCAAAUCAGUGCAGGACAUUGAGAAUGAGUAUAACUACACGUUUGCGGUGGAGGAACUGGCAGCGAGGAGGAUCUGUCCGUCAUUGAGCGGCUGAAACCAUUCCUCUCCUCGGAUCAGAAUCACAUUCCUGGCUCUGGUCCAUGAAAUCACACACUUAUUUCUGGUUUAUGAUAACGUAUGUUUAAGUUCGACCCGAGCUCACACUACUGGUUUUGCAGGGCUGGUUCUGGUUGGUCUCAUUCUCUCUUUUCUUCUCUGGGUUGGUUGAACAUGAAGGAUUUCAAACACAUUAUGUGCAUGUGUUUCUACAUGUUACAGAUUCGCGUGUUUCUGCGAAACACUAACAGGCGAAUCAAAGGGCUUGACAAAGUGCCUUCUCCACAGAGAUAUGUACAUGUCAUUUUAUAAGGCCAAAUAUUUUAUGUAUCUGUUUUGGGACUUUGAGCUGCAGUUUAGUAUUUAAAAAGUGUGGUUACACUAAUAUUCUCUAUUUAUCUUAUGAAAACUAUAAGUUUCAGAAACGUGGGGACCAAAAAACAAUGUAUUUUUCUUGUAUUCUCUGAAUUGCUCUUUUAUCUGUUUAAAUAUUCUUAAAACUAUUGCAUAAUGUCAUACUGCCGUGCUCUGUGAGCUAGUCUUUUAUACUUGCUUCGUCUUUUUGUGGAAUUUUAAUAAAAGUGAUCAGAUCUUGA